AUGAAAGGCAACCCUUCUGCAAUGUGUGUUUUAUUGUAUAUUUUCCUUGGCUCAUUAUCUGUUGUCACAGUAUGUGGAAACCUUCUUGUAAUAAUCUCCAUAAUCUAUUUCAAACAGCUCCACAGUCCUACUAACUCUCUCAUUCUCUCUCUGGCUGUGGCUGACCUGCUUGUUGGUGUUGUAGUUUUUCCUGUCAGCAUGGCAUUUACUGUAACCUCGUGUUUUUAUUAUAAAAAUAUAUUUUACAGAUAUUAUGCAGUGUGUCAGCCUCUGAUGUACAGAACUAAGAUAAAUGUUAACGUUGUCAUGGUCAUGAUCCUGCUCAGCUGGGGUGUUUCUGUUCUAAUUGCCAUUGGCUUUAUGAUUCCAGAUUUAAAACAUGAAAAAUGUGAAGAAAAUUGUUUUAUUGAUGCCCUACUUGCAAACAUUUUGGGACCCGUCUUCGCAUUUUAUCUACCAGUGAUUGUAAUGCUCUGUAUCUACCUAAAGAUUUUCCUUGUUGCACAGGAACAGGUACGCAGCAUCCAGAAUAACACCUGUCAGAGUAAAAAGUCUGGAGCAACUGUCAGUAAGAUGGAGAGAAAGGCCACUAAAACUCUUGCGACCGUUUUGGGAGUUUUCCUGAUGUGUUGGACUCCUUUCUUUCUCUGUUUUAUCUCUCAGCUUUUGCCCCAUGUGUCAGUGCCACUUCCAUUGUUUGAAACACUUAACUGGCUUGCACUGUUAAACUCCAUGCUCAAUCCAUUUAUUUAUGCAUUCUUUUACAGCUGGUUCAGAUCAGCUUUCAGAAUGAUCGUUUCUGGGAAAAUAUUUCAAGGUGAUUUUUCUAACACAAAACUGCUUUGA